GCAACACGAGAUUACAGUGUAGGGAGGGCUGCAUGGAGAGCUGGAAGACAAAACAAAAGCCACACAUUUCAUCUCAACAGGCGCUGGUCGCUUUUUAUUUUUUUGUAAACCCAAAACUAAUUUGAUUCAUUUUUCUUAUCGAUUCCCGUUUAACGCCAACAGUUUGUCAUCAUGCCGAGCAGCACGUCUUUACUGGAGGCCGACGAGGGAGAGUCCGAGGUCCCGCCGCCGCUAGUGCACGCUUUCGCCGGUAUGGGCCUCGAGGAGCACCACCAGAGCCAGACCUCCGAACAAGUAGACGAGAGCCACCCUUAUCAUCACCACCUCCACCAGCUCCCCCCGGUUUCUCACUUCAACCUCCUCGGUACUGUCCUCGACUUGAAGCCCCUGCAUCGGCCGCCCUCUGGAGAUGAAGUAAACAACAUGACCGAGGACGAAGAGCCUGAAGUUAUAACCGACUCCUCGUUUCUAGCGCAGGCCCACCGCCACCAACACCUCCAACCGGGGCCGUGUAGCUCCGGGAUGGAGCCGCCGCCGCACAUCGAGACGGUCUUGUUGUACAACGGAGACGAGCGAGACGAUACCGGGCUACCACCGGCUGGUAGCAUGGCGAUGCUACCGCCCGGUGUGUACGGGGAGCCGGGCUACGAGGCCGAGGCGUCGCUGUUGGCUCGGAGAAAGAGCGUCAACACGACGGAGUGUGUGGCGGUGCCGAGCUCCGAGCACGUCGCAGAGAUCGUGGGCAGACAGGGCUGUAAGAUUAAGGCACUUCGAGCCAAGACCAACACCUACAUCAAGACACCAGUGAGGGGGGAGCAGCCCGUCUUUGUUGUGACGGGGCGCAAGGAAGAUGUGGCCAUGGCGAAGAGGGAGAUCCUGUCUGCAGCCGAGCACUUCUCCCUCAUCAGAGCCUCUCGAAACAAGACGGGCCCGCUGGCUGCUGCCACCAGUCCAGGGACCCCCUCUCUACCCGGACAGACGACCAUUCAGGUGCGGGUACCAUAUCGUGUUGUAGGGCUGGUCGUGGGUCCCAAAGGAGCAACCAUCAAACGUAUCCAGCAACAGACCCACACCUACAUUGUGACGCCGAGUCGGGACAAAGAGCCGGUGUUCGAGGUCACCGGGAUGCCGGAGAACGUGGACCGGGCGAGGGAUGAGAUAGAGGCGCACAUCGCCCUCCGCACGGGAACCUGCGGCGGCAUCGAGGCUCCUGGUGUCGACAACAAUGACUUUCAGUUCAACGGGACAGACGUCAGCUUUGAAAAUGCUGCAGCACAGGCUGGGUUGGGGGACGCCGCGUGGCUUCAUGCAGGGGCAUCAUCCCCCAGUGGUGGUGGUGGCGGUGGCUUGCUGCCAAUGGGCAUCAACGGUACUCAGCGAAUAAAUAGCAAUAUUAACAGUGGUGUCAGGAUGUCUUCCACCUACCGCAACGACAGCUCCAGCUCCCUGGGCAGCGGCUCCAGCUCGGCUGAUUCCGUCUACGGCAGCGGUAAUGCUAACCGGGUUGCAGAUUUAAGCCCAACCUGUCAGUUUAAUGCAAAUGCCAACAACAACAACAACAAUGGCGCCAGUACAAGUUUCUGGUUUGGCGAGAGCCUUCUCCCUGUGGGGCCCGAUGAGCUGGUCAACCUGGCAGGUGGAGGCUCGUCCUCAGGAUUUGACCCGUUAACCAUCUCCACUGCCCAAGCCUCGCACCCUGCUGCACAGCCACAGAUCUGGAGCCCCUAUGUGGACCACCAGCCCCCCCAGACCUUUGAUGCGCGUCAAUCUCAGACCAGCCACCCUGGGACGCCCCGGCUCUCUCCGACCUUCUCUGGGACAGAAGCCCUGGAGCACCCUCAGGCCCAGCGGGUUCACCGAGGGCCUUUUGGCUCAGCCGGAGCCCUCGAUGCCCACAGGUUCCCCUCUUACAGCUCGGCCUUCUCCUCUUCCAGUGAAAGCACCGCCUCCUCUUCGUCCCCUCCUGAAUCCUCUCUCCUCUAUCGACCGGGGCUCGGAUCGGCGGCGAGAGGACAGGAGAUAUGCAUCCACUGUAUGGAUAACCAGGUGAUCGCUGCCUUGGUUCCCUGCGGCCAUAAUCUCUUCUGUCUAGAUUGUGCCACCCAUAUUUGCCGGGGUCCAGAUGCCGUUUGCCCCGUGUGCCUGUCCCCGGUCACACAGGCCAUUCAGCUCCGCAACAUGUGAUUUGAAUCCAUUUACUUUGAUGGCUGAUUGGGGUUCAGCCUCCCCACACUUCCAAUUCAUAACAUCUGUGGGGAAAUUACAAAACUGACCCUGAAUCGGUGUCUAGGUGUGUCCUCACCCUUGUGUAAGGUGAGGAAUGAUGGGUGAAUUAGGAAUGAUCUGUAUUAAGGGCAUGGGUUCGGGG